AUGAAUUUUACAGAUCAACAACUUUUUGAAGUAUCGAAAGAUUUCAAGAUAACAUGUUAUACACCAAGAUCAGUGUCGAUGGUUGAUGUUUCCAAGGUUUGUUUUUCAAAUAAAUCAUCAACCUCUACUACUCAAUGGGCUAUCUUAUCACAGUCAUUUAUCUUUCCAAAUAUGUUUACUACUCAAAAUCCACUCCAAGUAACCUGUCAAAGUCAAUCAAUGUAUGGAAUAGAUUUUUCAAACAAAUAUAAAUUUGAUAUUGGUCAAACUCUAUUCAAUCCAAUUGAUAUUUCCAAAAUUGCAAACAACUUGAUUCAAUUAUUUGGUACACAUCAAAAAGUAUUUUUAAAUUGUCAUUAUUUUAUCAAUUGUCUUUUAAAAGCAAUAUGUGAACCUGGAUACAAACAAAUUGAAAUAUCCCAAGAUACUCUUCAAAAAGUUAUGUUUGGUAAAUUGUUUUGUCCACCAACAUCUAAAAACUCUGCUCAACUAGAUGAAUCAGAUCAAACCAUCUUGAAAAUCAUUGGUUCAUACAAUGCUAAAUCAAAAAAGUGUAUUGUAGAUCAAAAAGAAAAGGAAAGAGAUAAAAAAGAAAUACUAUGUCAAAUAUUUAUUAUUGUCGUCUUCUCUCUCUCUAUCUAUCGUAUCUAUCGUAUCAAUCUAUUUAUAUAUAUAAUAAUAAUGUUAAAAGUACAAGGAUCAAAACAAUUUAGACAAAGAAUAGUAUGCUCAUUGUUGAGUGGUAGAGCAGUCAAGAUUACAAAUAUUAGAGAUGAAGAUGAAAGACCAGGUCUUGCAGACUAUGAAGCAUCGUUUCUCAGAUUGAUAGACAAGAUGACAAAUGGAACACGUAUAGAGAUUAACAAUACAGGUACAAUGGUCACCUUUCACCCGGGUGUCUUGACGGGAGGCAAGUUGCAACACGACUGUCCGACCAGCAGAGCCAUCGGUUACUUUGUAGAGGCAGUUGUCUGCAUCGCCCCCUUUUCCAAAGCACCUGUCGACAUUGCAUUUACAGGUCUCACCAACAAUGACAUUGAUCUGACCAUCGACACUAUCCGUACCACUACACUACCCAUCAUACGUAAAUUCCUCGGUGGUGAGGAAGGCGACACCUCAUCACUCUCUAUUAAAAUAGUCAAGCGUGGUGCACCUCCAUCGGGUGGUGGUUUGGUCUAUUUCAAGUGUCCGAUUGUACAACAACUCAAACCACUUCAAAUGGUGGACGAAGGAAAAAUCAGACGUAUUCGUGGUAUCUCUUAUGCUACACGUGUCUCUCCCGCCAUCCCAAAUAGAGUACUCGAUAGUGCAAAGGGUAUCCUUCUCCAAUUUACUCCAGAUGUUUAUAUUUCAAGUGAUAUUUAUAAAGGUGCUGAAGCUGGUUCAUCACCAGGAUAUGGAUUAACAUUGGUAGCAGAAACAACAACUGGAUGUUGUUUAUCGGCGGAAUGUAUGGCAAGUGAAGGAGAGAUCCCAGAGGAUUUGGGACAACGUACAGCCAAUUUAUUGUUGGAAGAGAUUUUGAAUGGUGGAUGUAUAGAUAGCAACAAUCAAAGUUUGGCAUUAUUAUUUAUGAUCCUUUGUCCAGAGGAUGUCUCAAAGGUCCGUUUGGGAAGACUCACACCAUACACUAUCGAAUAUAUCAGACAUCUCAAGGAAUUCUUUGGCGUUACUUUCAAGAUUGAAGCAGAUGACGAAACUAAAACUAUCAUUUUCACUUGUCUUGGUAUUGGUUAUAAGAAUUUGGCAAGACGUACUUUCUAA